AUACUUCGUAUUCUAUGUGAUUCCCUGUAAUACUUUGAUUUACACUGUGGUUCAUUUUUAGAUAGCCAUGUCUCUAAACAACCCCUUUGAUGAGAGGGUACGUGCGCGUAACGCCGCCAAGGCUGGGUUUUUAGAAAUGUUUCAAUUGCGCCACCCCGAAGUAGGGGGUAAUAUCAGCGAAUAUCGCGACCAGCGGUUUCAGGGCUCACUGAAAGAGCAGGACCUGGCUUUGCGUACCUCAACAACGUUAUAUAUAGGAAACUUGUCGUUUUAUACAUCUGAAGAUCAGCUGUACGAGCUGUUCAAUCGAGCCGGUGAGGUGAAAAGGGUCAUCAUGGGCUUGGAUCGAUUCAAAAAAAGUCCUUGUGGCUUUUGUUUUGUCAUCUACUAUACUCGCGCAGACACAGAGAACGCGGUCAGAUUUUUGAAUCGCACUAUGCUUGAUGGUAGAAUGAUUCGAGUAGAUUACGAUGCUGGCUUUGUAGAAGGACGCCAGUAUGGGCGAGGAAAGCACGGUGGACAGGUGCGCGACGAAUACCGAGAACAAUACGAUCCCGAUCGUGGCGGGUUCGGCCGAAUAUUCCAAGAAAGGGAGAAGCCGUAG